AUGCCUCUCGGCACAUGCGGUGACUCGGACCCUGAAAGCCCGCUCUGCGCCAAGCUGACCCUUUCAGGAGAGCUGCGUCGAGUUUUUGACGCUGAAGAGCUCUCGUUCGCCAAACACUCCCUCUUCACUCGACACCCCGAGAUGCAGACGUGGCCCAAGGACCAUCACUUUCAAGUGCUCAAGCUUGUCCUCGCUAAUGUCUUCCUCAUUGACGGGUUUGGUGGACCCAGGCACAUCACUGUAGAACAGUACUACAGUGCAUCGUCUAACAUUUCAGUUUCAAAGCUUAGCUAA